AUGAGCGCGUCCCCAGCGGUGUCUAGCCUCAGCAGUAACCCCGGCAGUGUGUGGAGGAGGAGGAGCGGUGGUGGUGGUGGAGUCGCUGGUGCCUCGCUUCGCCCGUGCGUCUCUCCGUGGGAUCCAGAGCGACAAGAAAAGCGACUGCCCAUAAAAGUGCUCAAAAUGCUCGCUGCCAGAGGGGGACACAUCCUCCACCCGGACUACCUCCAGCCCCUGCCUUCCACUCCCAUCAGCCCCAUAGAGCUGGACGCCAAGAAGAGUCCUCUGGCGCUGCUGGCGCAGACCUGCUCUCAGAUCGGCAAACCAGACCCUCCCUCCGCCUCCAAACUCUCCUCCUCCGGGGGAUCGGGCUCUGGCUCCGGGGACAAAGAGACCAAAGCUCCGCUGAAGAUGAGCGACCUGGGCUCAGAGGACAAGUCCAGUUUUAAACCUUACAAAACAGACAAGAAGGAGGCGGUCAGCGUCAGUGCGGACAGGAGCUUCCGAGUGCCCAGCGCCACGUGCCAGCCCUUCACCCCGCGCACCAGCAGCCCCAGCUCCGUCACGUCUACGUCACCUGCGCCAAGUGACGUCAAAGACAAAGAGGAGAAGAAGGAGGAGCGACCAGAGUCAGUACCCAGGACUGAGGACUGUAAACCGGCCCCCGCGCCCACGCCCCCGGUGUCCUGCAGCUCGGGGCUGGGGCUGGUAGCACCCGUGUCUCCGUACAAACCGGGCCCCGGUCACGUGUUCCCACUGCCCGCGGGCGUGUCAUACCCGUACGGUUACCCGCAGUCCUUCCUCUCACACGGCAUGAGCCUGGACAAAGGCUCCAGUCUGGGCCAGUUCUCUCUGGGGGGAGUGAAGGGCAGCAGCCCCUUGGCCGGGGCCUCUCCCCCCGGUCUGUGCCGGGACCCCUUCUGUCUGGGCUUCCACUGUUCGGGGAUGACCGGCUGCGAGUCUCUGAAGAGCGCGUACCCGCUGAUGUACGCGCCUCCUGCGCAGCUGCACUCGGCGCACUCGUUCCCGGGACACGCCCUGUACUCGUACGGCCUGGUGCCCAGCGAGCCGCCGCCACACGCUUGUAACUGGGUGUCAGCCAACGGCGCCUGCGACAAGCGCUUCAGCUCGUCAGAGGAGCUGCUGGCGCACCUGCGGACGCACACCGCGCUCAGCGCAGACAAACUCAUGCACGGUUACCACAGUAACGGCUCCUCGCUGGCCGUAGCGGCGGCCAUGGCGGCCUCCUGCCACAUGCACGCGCCCGGCGCCUCUGCGCUCAGAGCGCCGCCGCUCGGACUGUCUCGGUACCAUCCGUACAAGAACCUGCCCAGUGCACCUGGCGCCAUGCACAUGCCCUCUGCUCCGCACUACUACCCCCCCUCCCCCUACCUGUUUGGACAGAGACUGACGCCUGCGCUAUACCAAUAA